GAGCGCAAGCGCAGUGCGUAGCAGAUAUAACUAUGGGGAUCUAUUCAAACCGUUCAAACCCUUCAGUCUUGCUGAAGAACGCGAAGGAACGGACAUAAACAGCGAAGAUGAAGCUUUAUCGGUUCCUGCUUUGCCUUGCGCUUUUGGGAUGUUCGAGUAUGCGAAAACUGGAAGCUGCACGGAUACUUGGAUUAUUCCAGUUGAAUGCCAAAAGUCACUUCAUAAUGUUCGAGGCGCUUCUGAAGGGACUGGCAGCCAGGGGACACGACGUUGUCGUACUCAGCCACUUCCCACAGAAGAAGCCAAUAGUCAACUACACAGACAUCAAUAUUGAGAGCUCACUACCCCAGAUCAUAAACACCUUUACAUUAGACUUUGCAAUAAAUCAGCAUUUGAUUAAUCUGCUUUAUUUCAUUUGGAAUUUGAAUGUGAAAUUCUGCGAAAAAGUGUAUGAGCAUCCGGAAGUUCAGAGAUUAAUCAAAUCAGACGAGAAAUUUGAUUUAGUGAUAACGGAAUCAUUCGGAGUGGAUUGCUUAACUGCAUUUGCACAUAAAUUUCAAGCGCCUCACAUCAGCAUGACAUCAAGUGUGCCAAUGCCUUGGUCUGACGAUGCUUUCGGCAACCCUAGUCACCCGGCUUACAUACCCAUUUUCUUCCUUCCUCACACAGACAGGAUGAAUUUUCAGCAGAGGCUACUGAAUACAUUAUUGAGGAUAGGAAUGAUAUUCAGUAGAUACUAUUUUGCGGAAAUCCCGAUGGAACAAUUGGCACGAAAACAUUUGGGUCCUGAUAUCCCGUCCCUACGUGCUAUUACGAAGAACACGAGCCUCUUGUUUACCAACAGUCACUUCUCUUUGAACAUUCCGAGACCCAUGGUUCCAGGAGUAGUCGAAGUCGGAGGCCUACACAUAGGAGUUCCCAAGAAAUUGCCAAAGGACUUGGAGAACUUUAUCGAGGGAGCAAAACAAGGGGUUAUCUACUUCAGCCUGGGUUCCUUGGUUCGAAGUGAAACAUUCCCUGAAGAAAAAUUGCGGUCUUUUAUGGAUGCAUUUUCAGAGCUGCCACAACGCGUUGUCUGGAAGACGGACGGUAUUGUGGGGCUGCCAAAGAACGUCAUGACGUCCAAGUGGCUGCCACAGUUCGAUAUACUAAGUCACCCCAAUGUCCGCGUCUUCAUUACCCACGGUGGGUGCAUGAGUACUCAGGAAGCAGUUUACAAUGGCGUUCCCAUGAUUGGAAUCCCACUCUACUCCGAUCAGCAUCAAAACAUCGAGAGCUGCGUUUCGAAGAAUAUAACAGUCAAACUGGACUACUAUGCAAUCAACAAGGCCUCUGUGCUGCAGGCAAUAAGGACAGUUUUGGAGAAUCCAAUGUACCAAGAGAAUGCCAAGAGGUUGUCGCAGAUAUUCAGAGAUCGUCCCCAGACUGCGAUGGAGACCGCAGUUUUUUGGACGGAAUACGUCAUCAGACACAAAGGUGCUCCACAUUUGCGCUCUGCGGCUGUAGAUCUGUACUGGUACCAGUAUUUGCUGCUAGAUGUUCAAAUUUUUCUGAUACUAAUCGCUGUAACUUCUUAUUUAAUAUCACGUCUUGCCUUCAGAAAGCUGGUCGCCAUUUUACUUCGCUGUAUAACGAAUAAGGAGAGCAUCAAAGCAUCAAAAUUAUUCAAAUCUGAGUAAUGAACAGAAAUACUCGGGACCUUUGUAUCUGUUUUAUAUAAAGUCACUACUCUUAUUAAAUUUUUUGUGGUCAGUGCAAGAAAUAGCCUCUCCAUUGUAUCCCCAAAUCUUCUCCGCGAUAAUCUAAGUCACGUGAUAACUGUUCUGAAUACCGACCGCUUCAGAUUGCUAUGCUCUAUUGGCAGCUGGUGAUAUGCAACACUGAAUGAGGGAGAACUCGAUGAA